AUGGACGGAACUGACGGAACUGGAUGGUUGCGGCAGUAUUCUCAGCAUUAUGGCCACUCCCCAUCCUCAGCACAGCAGCUCUGCGCUUUUGCAGCGCACCGUGGCGGCAGCCUCACCUUCGCGGACGCGCGGAUGGCCAUGGGCACCCCGAUGAACAGCCCCCUUCCGGAGAGUUCGAGGUUCCCAUGGCUCCAGGACCUCUUCGCCCUCAAUCAGCACUACCGCACGUUGGCCACCAUGAUCUUCGCAAGACUGGACAUGCAGGACUUGGAGCUUGAGCAGCCAGUGGACAUUUUGUCUGCCCGGCUGCCUUUGCAAGACAUCGCCAAGCUCAUGGCCUUGGCGAAAGCCGUCAGCGUGGAGGAGGGCUUCGAGUGCUCGAUAUGCUUAAGUGCCCAUAGCCCCAGCGCGCCGCCGAAGUUUGUGGAGCUUCCAUGUGGGCACAUCUUCCACCGGAGCUGCUACCGCGAGCUGGUCCACUACAGCUGCUGCAACUUGAUGUUGAACUGCCGGUGUCCCUUGUGCAGGCUUGACCUAUGGGAGGCGCUAAAUCAUGCGCAGCCCCGGAAUUCGUGA